AAAUUUGAGGAUUGGUAGACCAAAGGGUGGUCACACUUUACUCAACGCCGAAGUAAUUUAUUUGUCAGAAAAAUACGUUCCCUUGAGCUAAAUCCUCUCCUUCAUUCGCGUCAAUGGCUGACGCCGGCCGCACAUCGACCGUCGACACCAACAAGCUGGUGGCCAUGUGCCUGGCACGCGCCGGCGUUGACCGGAUGUUCGGCGUGGUUGGGAUUCCCGUCACUUCCUUAGCCAACCAGGCGGUUGCUCUCGGUAUCCGGUUCAUCGCCUUCCACAACGAGCAGUCCGCCGGCUAUGCCGCCUCCGCUUACGGCUACCUCACCGGCCGACCCGGGAUUCUUCUCACCGUAUCCGGACCUGGAUGCGUCCACGGCCUCGCCGGCCUCUCCAACGCGUCCGUCAAUACCUGGCCGCUGGUCAUGAUUUCCGGCUCCUGCGAUCAGAGAGAUUUCGGCCGCGGCGACUUCCAAGAGCUUGACCAAAUUGAAGCCGUCAAACCCUUCUCCAAAUUCUCUGCUAAAGCCACUGAUAUCACCAGAGUCCCUGGUUGUGUUUUCGAUGUUCUGGAUUGGGCUGUAGCAGGUCGACCCGGCGGGUGUUACUUAGAUCUUCCCUCUGAUGUGCUCCACCAGAGCAUUAGCGAGUCCGAGGCUCAGAGACUGAUUCCUGAAGCUGAGAUUUCACGGAACAACAGGGAGGCUCUGAUUGAAAAGCCAAUCCUUAAGGAUUCUGAGGUUGGAAAGGCAGUGGCAUUGUUGAGACAAGCUGAGAGGCCAUUGAUUGUGUUUGGAAAGGGGGCUGCCAUGUCCAGGGCAGAGUUUGCUUUGAAAACCUUGGUGGAGAGCACAGGGAUCCCAUUCUUGCCCACUCCCAUGGGAAAGGGUUUAUUGCCCGACAAUCAUGAGCUGGCAGCCACAGCUGCAAGGUCUCUGGCGAUUGGAAAAUGCGACGUGGCAUUGGUGGUUGGUGCCCGGCUCAACUGGUUGUUGCAUUUUGGGGAGCCCCCAAAAUGGUCAAAGGAAGUUAAAUUCAUAUUGGUUGAUGUAUCAAAGGAUGAGAUCGAGCUGAGAAAGCCGUGGCUGGGGUUAGUUGGAGAUGCCACUAAGGUUGUGGAAAUGAUAAACAAGGAGAUUAAAGAUGAUCCCUUUUGUUUGGGCAAAACUCACCCUUGGAUUGAGGCAUUGUCUCAGAAAACUAAGGAAAAUGUGGCGAAGAUGGAGGCACAACUAGCGAAAGAUGUUGUUCCGUUUAAUUUCAUGACUCCAAUGAGGAUUAUUAGAGAUGCGAUCUUGGGAUUGGGUAGUCCUGCACCAAUAUUGGUGUCCGAAGGAGCGAAUACAAUGGACGUUGGGAGAUCAGUGUUGGUACAGACUGAGCCGAGGACCCGUUUGGAUGCAGGGACUUGGGGAACAAUGGGGGUUGGUCUUGGAUAUUGCAUUGCUGCUGCAGUGGCCUCUCCCGAUAGGCUUGUUGUAGCUGUUGAAGGGGACUCUGGAUUUGGGUUCAGUGCUAUGGAAGUUGAGACAUUGGUUCGGUAUCAGCUGCCGUCCGGUAGUGGUUAUAGUCUUCAACAACGGCGGUGUAUAUGGUGGGGACCGAAGGAACCCAGAAGAGAUAAGUGGACCCUACAAGGAGGAUCCAGCGCCCACUUCUUUUGUCCCUGGUGCUGCAUAUCAUGUCCUAAUUGAAGCCUUUGGGGGAAAGGGGUACCUUGUUGGAACCCCAGAUGAGCUCAGAUCAGCACUUUCUGAAUCAUUCUCUGCUAGGAAACCCUCUGUUAUCAAUGUCACGAUAGAUCCCUAUGCCGGUUCUGAAAGUGGGAGAUUGCAACACAAGAACUGAGUUAUUAUUGAGGGCAUCCCAUUUCAGGUCCAUUUACAAUUUGCUUGGAAAGAUUGUCUUUUUUUCUGUUUAAAACUUUGCCGAUUAAUGUUGUAAAAAAAAAAAUUGGGCUAGGCUGCGGCCACGAUUGUCACCUAGGCCACCUCCAGUUUAGAGGGAGUCUACUUUCUACUCUUAUUUUAACAACGAAUAAUACGACCAGAAGACAUGGUUUUUUCCCUGUACUCUUAAGAAUUUUCAAGUUAUUAGUUGAUUUAGCCAUUUGGAAUAGAGAUACAGAGUACAU